GUACUGGUAAAGGUUGUGGAGUUAGGAGACGAGAACGACUUACUGGAGAAGGCUGUCCUUUCUCAUUUAGAGCAUUUAAAUAGUGGGAGCGGACACAGCGGGCAUAUAUGUGUUUUGGACGCUACGUCUGAGCUAGAGCUAGGAAAAAGGAAGGGAUGGCAGACAUACGCAAGAAACUUGUCGUGGUGGGGGACGGCGCAUGUGGGAAAACAUGUCUACUGAUUGUAUUCAGCAAAGAUGAGUUUCCUGAGGUGUAUGUUCCGACUGUGUUUGAGACAUAUGUGGCGGACAUAGAAGUGGACAACAAGCAAGUCCAGCUAGCUCUGUGGGACACCGCUGGACAGGAGGACUAUGACCGGCUGCGCCCCCUCUCCUACCCGGACACUGAUGUCAUUCUGAUGUGCUUCUCCGUAGACAGCCCGGACUCAUUGGAAAACAUCCCUGAAAAGUGGGUCCCUGAAGUCAAACACUUUUGUCCUAAUGUACCAAUUAUAUUAGUGGCCAACAAGAAGGAUCUGCGCAACGACGAGAACGUAAGGAACGAGCUGUCCCGGUUGAAGCUGGAGCCAGUGAAAACAGAGGAUGGCCGGGCCAUGGCCAUGCGCAUUGGCGCAUAUGACUAUUUGGAGUGCUCUGCCAAAACCAAGGAGGGGAUCUGGGAAGUGUUCGAGACUGCAACACGGGCAGCGUUACAAAAACGAACAACACCCCCAGGUGGUUGUCUCAAAUGCUGUGUUUUGAUGUGAAUCGAUUCUGUCUGGCGAACCAUGAGGUGCAGACAAGACGUUACCGCCGCUGGGAUCUGUGUCUGAACAUGUAUGGGCAGUGACCAUGGUUUGGAUACUCCCUUUUGAUCAGACGACCUUGGCUGAACCAGAACGAAGGACUGCAAAGAAGUUGUUUUGAACACACUCGAUAAUCAUCUGAUAUCGUUGUGUGUGUCCGUGUGUCUGUGUGUGUGUGUGUGUGUGAAAUGCACUGGUUACAGCAUGUUCUUUGUGGGUCACAUGAUCCCAGUCUGACUGGUGGAGGGGUAAAAAGGACAAACCACAAACAUUUCAAUGGACGCCUGGACCCCUGUCUCUUAUGUGGACAAGGCCUGCUUUCGAGUCAAGAUUUCACUUGCUCACUUUUUGUGUUUCACAGUGUUUGCUUAGGCCACUGCCUUACUGCCAAUGUUAUACUUUGUAAUAAGCAAAGCAGUAAAAAAAAUUGCACUUGUUAUUUAUGUCCACUUUGUAUUGUAAAAUGGCUGUAUUCUUUUGAGAAAUUGCACAGCAUCUGCAAACUACAGUAAUUCACAGAACGUUUUAUACACCCUUCAGUGUAAGGAUAGCCGUGGUGUUCUGUAUAGUUCCUUCUGAUGUUUGAUGCCAUUUUGGAAUUAACCUUAGCUUAAGUUUACAGUUCAUGAAAUUAGCUGUCUCAGGUUUGUUAGUUGGAACAACGUCCACAUUGUAUGUUUUGACUCCCCAGUAUUAAAUGCUUAGUUAAUAGUUGUUAGGCAACAUGCCCAAUUUCAUAACAGGUCUUGGAGAGUACACAUCAUGUCUGGGAAAGGGCUUAACCAUAUAGUCCAAUGUAUUGCAACUUUUCUGGUUGGUGUUUUGUUAGAGUGGACAAACAGUUAAACAGAAAUAUUUUUUUUUUUUUAGGCUUGCUAAGCAUGCAUCUACCAUAAAUGUAAUGCUUGGCUGUGGCAACAGUGACACUGAUGAAAUAGGUGCUUUUUGAACACAGAUUAGUAAAACAGUGAAAGGAAAGUUACACAAAGGCACUGUCAACUGUAAACAGUCAGGAAAGGAAAAAUGUUUUUAUUUUAUUUUACAGCUCACCUGAACCAAAUCAUUUGAAGCAAAUACAGCAUCUCACUAUGUUUUUGAACUCUGAAAUCCAGGUUUAGCUAUUUCACAGGCUGGCAUAUCUUAGCUGUCUCUAAGACCUGCUUAGCAUUUUACAUUAAGAUACAGCUUCAUCUGCAGUCCUGUGGGUGAUAUUUCUAAGAGAAGAUUGAGCAUGUGAGAUGGUUUAGCAUGUGAGUGCUUUGUUCACAGAAAUAUGUUUUAUUAGAAAGUGUCAUGAAAAGAGGAGUGGGCUACAUCAGAACUCUAUGAGCCAGUAGCACACUCACAUGGGAUUAAGCCAUGGGAUGACAAUUAAAAAUUUCAAUGGAAAUUGAUCAUAUGUUAUGUUAUUAUAACCAGAAUCUUUUAAUAAUGACACAAACUUAAAAAAAACAAAAGGGUGUCCCUAUUUUUUUCUGAAGCUAUAAAGUUAUAAUUCAGUAAAACUGAGUUCAGUAAAACUGAAUUAUGACUGACACAAAUCCACCUUAAUGUCUUCCUUUAUGACUGUGAAUGUAGCUCAAAUUUAUGUGUUCAAACACAUAGUUGGAGCUUUGUAUGUCAGCUAGAUUUCAAUUCUUGUGAAAUAAAUCCAGCUCAUGUUUGAUCUGUGUCUACACAGAAGUGUUGUGUAACUGUCCUCUUACAUGAUGGUGGGAGUGCUUGUACAAAUGACAGCUAUGAUCAUCAAUUACAGAGAGUGUUGCUACACUGAAAAUCCAGGGCAAAACCCUGGUGGAUGUACAAUGUGAGUUAUUCUUUUAAUGAUAACUGAAGACAAGAAAGCUCAAUUUCACCUUAAACAUGUCAUUUUUCUGUGGUUCAGAAAGCAACUAUAGCAAAGAUAAAUCUGAGUCUAAAAGAGUAUUUCUAAAAAUCCAACCAGAGUUACGACGAUGUAAAAGUCACAUUCCUCCCUGCCUUCUGUUGCUGGGCUUUUUGCUGACUUACAGAGCAGGAAUGCAUUGUGUUGGAUUGGUUAAUUUUCCCACAUUGCUCCUCCCUAUGUGCCUCCGAUUUCCAGUGUUGUUAGGUUAUAAUUCAGUGAUGAGUGCUGAAAAUGUGCCAAACCUAUCUGUUUGUAAGUGUUGAUCAAAUUAUGACCACAUUAAUGAAAUCACGCAAUACUUACUAGGUUUGAACAGUAGAUGGCAAACAAUGGAAAUUUUUGUGAGGAAAAAAAAAAGAAUGUAAGGGAACAAUCGGUACUGUUCUGGGAAACUCAAUAAAAAAAAAUCAAUGUGUGUCACCAUC